UCCGGCCAUGUCUUCCAGCAGCCUUAGCUUCACAGUCAGGAGGAUUCUAGAUCUGCCAGAGUAUGAAGACACAGAGCCAUCCAUGAACUACACCAGGAGCCCUUCUUACCAGGACUGGGUUGAGAGAGAUAGAAACCACUAUGUAUCUUCAGAUGAGAGCAGCUCAGAGGCCACUCUCACAGACACCAUGCAGAGAUCAGAGAAGGAGACUGACAACCAAGAGGAAAAAAAGAAGAAGCGUAGAGUCCUUUUCUCAAAGGCCCAGACCUUGGAGCUGGAGAGGAGGUUCCGCCAGCAACGCUAUCUUUCUGCCCCCGAGAGGGACCAGUUAGCACACAUCCUCCAGCUCACCCCAACCCAGGUGAAGAUAUGGUUCCAGAACCACCGCUAUAAGAUGAAGAGAGCCAAACCUGAAGCAACAAGCUCCCCACCUCUUUUGAAACAUGUUGUGGUGCCAGUACUGGUUAGAGAUGGCAAGCCUUGCCAGACCUGCUCUCCGACCAGCUCUGCAGAUAAAAUGCCAUUCUUCCCUGCAUUGCAACCUACAGGUGCAUUCAGCUUUGUUCACAACUACCAUAAUAACCAGCAUAUAGCUCAUCCAGCCAGCCUCUCCUGGAGAUGGUGA